CCCUCAGCUCCCGAACAUCUCCGAACGAGAGCCGAGAGCGCGCCAAUGCGUGCUCGUCCCUGAUUGGCGGCCUGAUCUCGUAUCCAUAGCAACCGACGCGUCUUCCACUGUGCUGUUCAAGCCUCGUUCUGGUUUCCAUCACCCUCUUCCUAUUGGAUGUCCCUUGUUUUACCUGAUGUCUGCACGGUGAGCAGGAUGUGGAGCGGUUUACUGCCCCCGGGGGUGACCGAGAGCGACCUGUCAUCUACCGGCGAGGAGGAGGGGGGCGCCCCGGUACGGAGUACACCCGAAACAUCCGCGGUGCCCGAGAGCUGCGUCACUAAAUUUUUGGAACUUCAGAAGAGACGUUCUGAGCUUGAGGUGGAGCCUAGGGUGAAAAGGCGGAGACACAGAAAAGCAGGAAAACGGAAGCAGCGCCCUCCAGAGGAGCAGAAGGAUGAUAAAAGUUCAGCCCUGGACACCCUGCAGCAAUAUUUUGGGGUCAAUGAUCAUCUUGAGCCUCCUGUGUGCAUGAAGGUCAUGAAAAAGUCACGGCUGGAGCAGAGCUUGGAUGAAGCUGUGAAGAAGGGAAACAUUGAAGAAGCGGAGAAGAUAAGUGACCACUUGGCCACCAGAGAGAUUGCAGUGAAGAUCACAAAGGCGGCCGCUUAUCACAAACACAUGAAAGCCAAAGAAGAGCCGCAAUCUUCCCAGGAAGCCGCCAGCAAGAGGAAGCCUCCGGCCUGGGGAUUUGAGGCCAAGAAGAGAUGGGAAACGAAAAGUAACAUGGGCUACAUGUGAUGGGGGUGACGGUGCCGCAUGUGCGUAUGCCUGAUCACAGACGACCGCGAGGAGCGGCACAUGCAGUGCGGGGCUUCUGUGAACCCUAAGUCUACUGCAGCGUUUUCCAAACAGUGCGUCUCCAGCUGUUGCAAAACUACAACUCCCAGCAUGCCCAGACAGCCUUCGGCUGUCUGGGCAUGCUGGGAGUUGUAGUUUUAAAACACACUAGUCUACUGUGUUGGCAAGACUCUGCGGACAGAAACCCUCUGUGGUGGAUGUUCUUCCGAUCUCAGGCUCAGGUAGAGGAUAGGGGUGAUUGUUCUCCCUCCAUAGAGGCAGGCGAAUGGAAAAAAAUCUACAAAAAGUGAAUUUUUAGACAUUUUGUAUGUCCGUUGUAGAAGAUAAACCUCAUCGGAUGCAGUCUGUAUAAUGGAUGACACCAGUGAGCAAUAGCUGUUGUUCUUAAAGGGGUACUCCGCUGCAAAACAUUUAUUUAUUUAUUAUUAUUUAUUUAAAUCAACUGGUGCCAGAAAGUUAGACUUGUAAUUUACUUCUGUUUAAAAAAAAUCUUAAUCCUUCCAGUGCUUAUCAGCUGCUGU